UUUUGACGGUCGAAGAAACUGUAAAACAAGUGCCUUAUCGCCUUCGUCAUUUCCAGCAACUUUCCUUAUUGCCUCUCGAAUAAUAAUCAAAAUCAAUUCAAGUCUUCUCUCCUCUUCUAUUUAUUGUCAUCUUGUUGGUUUGGUUUCAUGAACUGUUUCAUUUUAGUUUUAAACUAUCGGUCUCUUUUUCUCUGUACUCUUCCUGACUUUCCUUCGCUGCGAAGCAAAUUCUGAUAUGGACUCAGCAUGCGUGGAUACUUCUCUCAACCUCAACGUGGUUCCUCGGGACACAAAAGUUAACGCGGCUGAGGAUUUGGUGCAAGAGUUGCACCGUUUAAGCAGUGAGAACAAGAAGCUAACCGAGAGAUUGACACACAUGUGUCAGAACUACAAUCUCUUGAAGAAGCAACUGAGCCAAGUGAUGAUCGUGAACACCAAUAAUCCUGAUGAAAAGGAUCAAACUAAUCAACCAAGGAAAAGAAAGGCCGAGACGGAUGCCUGUAUCGGUAAUAUUAGUGUUAGCGGCAAUACCGAGUGCAGGAACAUCACUGACGAAGAUUCAUCAUUCAGAAGGCCAGCCGCUAAGGUUUCCAGAGUCCUUCUGCGCACCCAAGCAUCAGAUACCGGCUUAUAUGUGAGGGAUGGCUAUCAGUGGAGGAAAUAUGGUCAGAAGGUGACUCGAGAUAACCCUUCUCCCAGAGCUUACUUCAGGUGCUCCUUUGCACCAAGCUGCCCGGUGAAGAAGAAGGUGCAAAGGAGUGCAGAAGACCCGACAGUGUUGGUGGCAACCUACGAGGGAGAGCACAACCAUGGACGAGAUGGAUCUGAAAUACCAUUACUAGCGUCAACCCAGAGAGAAAGCGAUGGAGCCCUUGAUUCAGGAGCAAUGGCUGAAAAUGGUGCAAAGUCAAUGCAGCAGUGUUUGGUUCAACAAAUGGCUACUUCUUUGACUAGAGAUCCCAACUUUACAGCAGCGCUUGCCACCGCCAUUUCCGGAAGAAUUUUAAACCUUGCUUCUAAUUAAUAUUAAUUGAUUAUCAUGUGUAUUCAUGUCGCCCACUGUUUCAGAGACUGCGGAUAGCAGUGAUGUAUAAAUUAUUAAUUGGCACAUUCUUGUGCUAAGUAUUCCUCCUUAA